GACGCUCCGGCGCGUCACGCUCGGUGGGUUAUCUUGGUCUUAUCUGUUCCUUCGCAUCCCCGCUCUUCUUCCUCUUCUCUCUCCUCUAUUGUCCACCACCUUGUCGCGUACAAAUAGUGUAUACUGACCGACAACCGCUCUCCUACAUCCCGAAACAAGCCCCCUCUGAAUACCCGCUCCGACCGCCUCUCCGUUCACAAUGGCCAUUCAUCCGGAACUGCACCAACCGCACGACCCGCCCCAGGGGUCCUUAACACCUCAACAAACCCACGCGAUAUCCGCUUGGACCGAACAGGCGACGGCUUCGCUGGAAGACCUCACUCUCUCUGAAUCCAUCACCGUCAAUGAUGAGAGCCGGUCCUUGCGUGGCGCUUCGCUUCCGUUGACCAUCCCGCUCGAUGAUGUCCCGGUGACUGAUCACCGGUCCUCGCGCGUGAGACUGGUCACGCGAACGAGCGCGCCCAAGGAACCCCAGGAGGCGAAAGUACCGACCGUGUCGUUCCGGAAGAGGGAGCCGCUCCAUCGGGAUAGUCUGAGGAGGCGCGAGGCCUUGCAGAAGGGGAAGGAUGGGAGCCGGAGGAGACAGCGUUGGGAGAACGACCGUCUGCUCCAUAACCCGUGGGCUGAACCUCCCUCUCCGAACGACUGGGUCGUUGGGCCUACCUACCCCCGUCACGAGCACGUGCCGUACUACCUCGCUCCUCUCUGGGACCAUCACUAUGCACACAUCGAUAAGAAGACCACUGUCACCAAGGAAGAGAAGCACCGUGUUCCAAAGGAACUGCGCCUGAGACUGAAACACGCCCGUGCGGCGCGUGGCAUGCUCCGGGAUCUUGAAGAAGAUAUCAGACAAUUCAUCCACAACUGGAAUGAGAAACAGCUUCUGCUGCACAGGGAGGGCCUCCAAGAUGCACCAGAGUCUGACGAUUCCGAGGAUGAGGUGGUCUUUGUGGGACGGAACGGGCAAAUGCACGAUUCACCUGCGCACAAGACUAGACUCCAGGAGAUACGCGAGGCCAUGUACACGCAUGAUGAGCGCGACGGGGAGAAGAUGGUGCUUGAGAGUCAGGUUGAGGAUCGGGCUGCUGGGUUCGGCCGUUGGCUCGUUCAUUCGAUCGCUUCGUAUUACGGCCUGCACACCUGGUCUAUCACAGUAGGGGAACCGGCGCGGCGUGAGGCCUAUGUUGGCUUCCGUCCACCGGCUCCUGACAGGCGUGGCCUGAUUUCGGUUUGUCGCCAGGAGGCUAUGAUCAAGCCUGGAGAGGCUCUUCCUCCGGCUCUCUGGACUCAGAUCUAGUUACACCGGGUACCGUAUAGUUGGAUAGUUACAAUGAUUGGAGUCUCGGGUUCGUUUUGUUUGGGUGAUCUACUUGUCGACUGAUAUAAUGGAUCUUCUAGGGUUGGCUUCUGGGGCAGUUGCACAUAUCUUGAAUGAUCAUAAUUGUCAUGUCAUAAUUGAGUAUAAACAUGCAGGGGUAAUCGAUCCGUAUUCGGUCCUCUGGCCGUAAGCACCGUU